CAGCAUUUACAACCUUGAAGGAGAAGCUCACUCAUGCUCCUAUCAUGGUCACUCCUAACUAGACCUUACCGUUCGAGAUCAGCAUUACGUCCUAUCUACUAUGCCUCGAAGAUCCUCAAUGAUGCCCAUGAGAACUACACCACCACAGAGAAGGAGCUGCUAGCGAUGGUGUUCGCCUUUGACAAGUUUCGUCCUUAUCUGGUUUUGUCCCAUGUGAUCGUGUACAUGGAUCACUCCGCUAUACGAUACCUGAUGAGCAAAGACGAUGCUAAGCCUAGACUCAUACGAUGGAUCUUACUACUGCAGGAGUUCGACAUUGAGAUCCGGGACAAGAAGGGAGCUGAAAAUGUUGUUGUUGAUCAUCUCUCCCGGUUGGACUCACCUCCUGCGGACAACCUCGAGGAGAAGAUCAACGACUCCUUUCCAGAUGACCGACUGAUGAUGAUGUGCCUGGUGGAGAGUGUCACCCCUUGGAUCUCUGAUUUCGCAAACUGUCUGGUGGGACAGUGGCUGCCCAAGGGGAUGACGACUCACGCAAAGAGGAAGUUUUCUCUGACUUGAAGCACUUCUUCUGGGAUGACCGGCAUCUCUUCAGGAUUGGAGCCGACGGGAUCAUCCCUCGUUGUGUCAUGGAAAAUGAGAUGGAGGGCAUUCUGUAUCAUUUCCAUGAGGGACCUACUGGCAGGCACCAUAGCGGUAAUCGCAUAGCAAGGAAGGUACUCCAGUCGGGCUUCUACUGGCUCUCGCUAUUCAAGGACGCCGACACUGUUAUACCCCGCUCUUCCCAAGAUUCAAAAUGAUUAUUAUACCCUUAGUUCAAUUUGUCAAGUUCCACCACAAUAUCGAGGAGGACUGAAAAUGUGAACUCUAUGUUCAAACGGGGUCGAGUUUCAACAUAAAACGAGGAAGUUACG